AUGUUUAAAAAGUUGCAAAAUAAUAUUCUUUUUGCUGAAGCUUUAGUUAACAUUCCUAACUAUGCUAAGUUUAUGAAAGGUCUCUUGUCUAGAAAGCAUAAAUUGCAAGAAUUUGAGACAGUGGCUCUCACCGAGGAGUGCAGUGCCAUUAUUCAGAAGAAGUUUCCACCACAGCUUCAAGAUCCAGGGAGUUUCAAUAUCCCGAUUGCGAUAGGCAACAUUAAUGUUGGCCUGGCAUUGCCAAAUGGAGUAAUUGAAGACGUUCUUGUCAAAGUGGACAAGUUCAUCUUCCCUGUAGACUUCGUAGUCCUAGAUAUGGAAGAAGAAGGAUAUAUGCCUCUUCUCUUGAGUAGGCCCUUCCUAGCUACAGCUCAAGCCAUAAUUGACGUAGAGAAAGGAAAGUUAAAGCUGAGAAUGGAUGACGAAAAGGUCACCAGUAAUGUAUUUGAUGUUAUGAAGCAUGCUAAAGAUAAUAACGACUACUUUCGGGUGGACAUUUUAGAAGAGCUGCUUCUCGAGAAGAAAACUGAUGGUCAGACACUAGAUAAAGAGAUGAAGUUCUUUGAUGAAAACUCUCCAAAAGAGAGUUCUGAAGUUCCAGUGAAGGAGUUAGAGAAAAAGGAGUCAGACAUCACUGUGGGAGCACCAAAGGUAGAGUUAAAGGAGCUUCCUUCUACUCUCAAAUAUGUCUUCCUAGGAGAUGCAGAAACUUAUCCAGUCAUCAUCAACAAGGAGUUAUCUAAUUCUGAAGAAACAAAGUUGAUGAAAGUACUCAAGGAUCACAAAACAGCAAUAGGGUGGUUCAUCUCUGAUUUAAAGGAAAUUGAUCCCUCCUUUUGUACUCACAAGAUCCUUAUGGAAGACAAUAUCAAACCUGUGAGGCAGCCUUAG